AUGGAAGAAAAGUUAAAUGAAAUGGAACAAGCUGGUAUCAUCACAAGGACAUCAACGCCUUACAGUAGUCCAUUGACAUUCACUCUUAAAAAAGACGGCUCAAUUAGAGUUCUGCUUGAUGCCAGAAGCAUAAAUAAGAAAAUGUUUGCAGAAACAAACAAACCACCUAUACAAUUAGAUGUUUUGAAUUCAUUUCACGGAGCGAAUUAUAUCACUACCAUUGACUUAAAUAAUGCAUAUUUUCAAAUUCCGAUAAAUAAAGAUGGUAGAAAAUAUACUGGAUUCACAUUCAAUGGAAAGUCAUAUGUAUAUAAUGUUUUGCCGCAAGGAUUAAAAACAUCAGUAGGAAGCUUUAGCAGAGCCAUGAAUUUAAUAUUAGGACCAGAAGUCCAAGAAUUUUGUGUGAACUAUUUAGAUGAUCUAGCCAUUAUUACAACAGGAACAUUAGAUAAACAUUUGGAGCACAUUGAUAUUGUUUUAAGUAAAUUGAACAAAGCUGGCUUAACGUGUAACUUGCAGAAAUGUGAAUUUAUUUGUAAAGAAAUUAAAAUGCUGGGUUUUAUAAUUUCAACAGAAGGCAUAAAGACAGAUCCCGAUAAGAUUCGAGCGAUUCAAGAGUUUCCAGCACCUAAGAAGAUUAAACAAUUAAGGGCCUUUUUAGGUCUAUGCAAUUCUUAUAGAAGGUUUAUACCAAAUUACAGCGAGAGCAUAAUACCGCUCUGUGAAUUACUUAAAAAGGGACGAAAGUUCCAAUGGAGCGGUAAAGAACAGAAGGCAUUUGAUUUUAUAAAACAACAAUUUAUUAAUACAAUACAAUUGCAUCAUCCAGAUUUUAAUAAGCCGUAUUAUUUACAAACAGAUUGUUCCGGUGUGGGUAUGGCCGGAGUACUAUAUCAGAUAGAUGAUAAUAAUGAAAUGAGAAUUUUAGGCUAUCAUAGUAAAGCCUUAAAAGGCCCCGAAUUAAAUUGGUCUGUUACUGAACAAGAGUUUUAUGCUGUAAUAAGCUGCCUAAAGAAAUUUGAAACAUAUUUGAGGGGCAGUAAAGUAAUAAUACUAACUGAUCAUAAAGCAUUAUUGUUUAUUAAUAAUAUGAAGUUAUUCAAUGGUAGAGUAACCAGAUGGAUUUUGUAUAUAGAACAAUUUAAUUAUGAAGUACAGCAUAUAUCGGGUAGACGUAAUAUUGUUGCAGAUGUGCUAUCACGUUAUCCUCCUGAUGGCGAUUUAAUACAAGAGGAUAAAAAUAAUAGUUUAGAAAUUGCUUACACAGAGAGCGAACCGAAUAUUGAGUUGAUAGAAAAAUUAAAAUCCUUAUCAGUAUAUCAAUUACAAGAUUCAGAGUCGUUGGCUAUUAUUGAAAAGUUAAAGACAUUAAAUACUUCCAUAAUAAAACAAAACAAUAAAUUUAAAAGGUAUAGUUUGAAAAUGAUGUAUUAUAUUACAAAACGAAUUUACAAGAAGUAA